ACGUAAUCCACUCUCUCUGUCCUCCACGGCAUUGCAGGUCAGAGGAGACGGAGCAACCAAGACAAGUCUCAGUUGAGGGCUGAUGUAAAGAUUCAUUUAACACGUGAUACUCAUUGGCCUCUCCCCACUUUGAGGAGCACAUGAACGCCACCAUGAGGCGCCAUCUGCCUAAUAUCCAUAACUUCCGUUCAGGAUUAACAGCUUUCAAUUGCUUCUUGGUUCGUUCUGAAGUUGGAUCCUAUCGAGGUACACAUGAUCAUAUGAGCAAAUUCAUGUAUGCAACUUCAUCUCUUAGCCUUUCGGAAUAUUCUUUGGAUGAUAAAGACAAAGAUAAAGAUGAAGAGAAUCGAGUUUCUGAUAUGUUAAUCGAUUCAUUUGGAAGGAUGCACACUUACUUGAGAGUAUCCGUGACUGAGCGUUGCAAUUUACGUUGUCAGUAUUGUAUGCCAUCUGAGGGCGUGGACCUCACUCCUAAUCCUCAAUUACUGUCACUCAAUGAAAUUCUUCGCUUGGCUAAUCUUUUUGUAACUUCUGGUGUCAAUAAAAUUCGUUUAACUGGUGGGGAGCCUACCAUUAGGAAGGAUAUUGAACAAAUAUGCUAUCAACUAUCUAACUUGAAAGGUCUUAAGACACUUUCCAUGACUACUAAUGGACUCACCCUCGCAAGAAAACUUCCCAAGCUACAAGAGUGUGGCCUUACUGGUUUAAAUAUCAGCUUAGACACAUUAGUUCCUGCAAAAUUCGAAUUCUUGACCAGGCGCAAGGGCCAUCAAAGGGUUCUCGAGUCCAUUGAUACUGCUAUAGACAUUGGCUACAAUCCUGUCAAAGUGAAUUGUGUACUGAUGCGUGGGUUUAAUGAUGAUGAGAUAUGUGAUUUUGUAGAGCUAACACGCAAUAAACCAAUUAAUGUUCGAUUCAUUGAAUUCAUGCCUUUUGAUGGAAAUGUUUGGAAUGUCAAGAAGCUUGUACCGUACUCAGAGAUGUUGGAUACAGUGGUAAAAAAGUUUCCUGGACUCAAGAGAUUACAAGAUUACCCAACGGAAACAGCCAAGAAUUUCAAAAUUGAUGGGCAUUGUGGUACUGUCUCUUUCAUUACAUCUAUGACUGAGCAUUUUUGUGCUGGUUGCAGUAGAUUGCGACUUUUGGCUGAUGGGAACUUCAAAGUAUGCCUCUUUGGUCCUUCAGAGGUUAGCUUAAGGGAUCCCCUCCGCCAGAAUGCGACUGAUGAUGAGCUCAGGGAAAUAAUUGGGGCAGCGGUAAAAAGGAAGAAAGCUUCACAUGCUGGGAUGUUUGAUAUUGCAAAGACGGCUAAUAGACCUAUGAUACAUAUUGGUGGCUAAGGCUUGGUUCCACAGAGCAGGAUAAAGCUGUUAGUUUUCACAUAAUACCCUACAUAAAAGAUCGUUAAAUAUGGUUCUGGGCAAUCAGCUUCUCAUAGUGUGUUACAAGCCCUGGGUGGUAUAUGUAGAGGCAAAUAGGAUGUGAAGAGGAGAAGAUGGUUGACCACAGAGGAUUGUUUCUUUUGUGUGGACGUUGUAUUACAAAUUAGAAUGUAAAGAAUGUUGGAUUUGCAUUCCAAAGUGUUUAUAAAGUGAGAGCUCCAUGGACGAGUAAGAUAAACAAC